CGGUCGGUGGGCGCCUGCUUCUCCGCUCGUCUCGUCGGCGAUUGAGAAAUCUUCACUGAAGAUGUCUAAGCAACAACCAACUCAGUUUAUAAAUCCAGAAACUCCUGGCUAUGUCGGAUUUGCAAAUCUUCCCAAUCAAGUUCACCGAAAAUCAGUGAAAAAAGGUUUUGAGUUCACACUAAUGGUGGUCGGUGAAUCGGGUCUAGGAAAAUCAACUCUCAUAAACAGCCUAUUCCUGACUGAUCUCUACCCAGAAAGAAUCAUACCUGGAGCCGCAGAGAAAAUUGAAAGAGCUGUCCAGAUUGAGGCUUCGACUGUGGAGAUCGAGGAGCAAGGGGUCAAACUGCACUUGACAGUGGUGGACACGCCCGGCUACGGGGAUGCCAUCAACCGCAGGGACUGUUUCAAGACAAUCAUCUCCUACAUCGACGAGCAGUUUGAACGGUACCUGCAUGACGAGAGCCGUUUGAACCGGCGGCACAUCAUCCAUAACAUGCACUGCUGCUUUUACUUCAUCUCACCCUUUGGACAUGGACUUAAGCCCUUAGACGUCGCAUUCAUGAAAGCAAUACACAAUAAGGUGAACAUCGUGCCCGUCAUUGCCAAAGCUGACACCCUCACCCUGAAGGAGCGGGAGCGCUUGAAGAAAAGAAUUCUGGAUGAAAUUGAAGAACAUAACAUCAAAAUCUAUCACUUACCUGAUGCAGAAUCAGAUGAAGAUGAGGACUUUAAAGAGCAGACCAGACUUCUCAAGGCCAGUAUCCCGUUCUCUGUGGUUGGAUCCAAUCAGCUGAUUGAAGCCAAGGGCAAGAAGGUCAGAGGCCGCCUGUACCCGUGGGGUGUUGUGGAGGUGGAGAACCCAGAGCACAACGACUUCCUGAAGCUGCGGACAAUGCUCAUCACCCACAUGCAGGAUCUCCAGGAGGUGACCCAGGACCUUCACUACGGAAACUUCCAUUCUGAGAGGCUCAAGAGAGGCGGCAGAAAAGUAGAAAAUGAGGACAUGAAUAAAGAUCAGAUCCUGCUGGAGAAGGAAGCAGAGCUCCGCCGCAUGCAGGAGAUGAUCGCAAGGAUGCAGGCUCAGAUGCAGCUGCAGAUGCAGGGUGGGGAUGCUGACGGUGGGGUCCACGGGCACCACGUGUAAGAUAACGAAGACACUCUGCAAGAUACAGAAGAUACAGAGAACAUUCCGCAUGAGUACCACGACUGCGUGUUUCCGAGAGAUCAUUGGGGG